AUGUCUGGUGAGAAAGUGAAUUCGAGGUGGGCAUUUUAUGUAGCUGAGAGGAAGCGAUCGCAUGAGGAGGGCGCUAUCAAGGCUUACGGACCACAAAGACCCAUGGAAAUUGUAAAUGAUGUAGAGGUAUGGACACGCACACGCAUUUACCGAAUAACGAUGUCAGGAGUGACAAGCCGGCAGCAUGAGAUGGGGGCUGAAAUCAUUCCCACUCGCCAAAUUGCCAUAGAGGAUGUUCCUUACUUUAAGGAAUUCUGUUGUCCAGCUAGCUGGACGUCUACGAGGUGCAUUGAGGUUGUCCCCGGUGAGUCAUCCGCCGCGCCGGUGACAUGUGGCUCGGCCGCCGGUCGCAUCGCCGAACGCCUCCACCGCCCCACCCGCAUCCGCCACCGACUGUUAAUAGUCGGGUCACCACCGCCAAGGCUGCAGGGCAUAAUUAUGCUUACCGAGGUGAAUGGCCUUGUGAUCGCUGCGCUUGCAGAGAUCAAAGGGAGGACUAAUCUCUCCACCAUCGCGUAA